CGGGGACCUCCGACUCUGGGAGGAGCGGCCGCUGCACAGCCAGACUGUGAACCCGAGAAAGAGGGGAAACAAAGAGCGAGCACCCCGGGGAGAGGACCGCUGGUGACGGGCAGCCGAUGUAUUCUGUCCUUCUUGUGGAGGAAGAAUGCACGGUUCUAUGAACUCCAGAUGCAGGGAUGAGAGUACUUGACUCUGUGAACCGUCAGAAGCAGAACUAUGAACGGGGACCUUACCUCACGGUAAAAUGGGGGAAGACGCAUGGAGAAUUGUGAGCGUCUUGUAUCUGUGUGGUGACAGUUACUGGAACCAUUGAAUUCCCCCUGCAUUCCACCGGCCUCUCGUGUUUGGGAUAUGUCACUACUGGAAUUCGGCUCUAGUUUUUGCCCCGAGGUUUAUUCUGCUGAAGUAACACGGUUCGGCGUGAGAGCUGGAAGUCCCGACCAAUAGCUAGAAUGGCUCAGACGAGUUUGCUGCAGGGGAAGCCUUUCUACUGCAGGGAAUGGAUCUUCCACAAGCUCCAGCACUGUCUGCAGGAGAAGACAAGCUGCACGUCCAGCACAGCCAACAAACUGUCAUUGGCAAACUCUGGCAGCAACGGAGGCAGCACUGGCAAGGGCACGUCCUGGGGAUUACUCUUUGUUGGCGGCCCUGGCAGUGGGAAAACAGCUCUUUGUACAGAAUUGCUGUGGCCGAGUUCACCUGCCGGUUUACAAAGGGGCUUGCACCGCCAGGUUUUGGCCUUCCACUUUUGCAAGGCGCAAGACUCUGAUACUCUUUGUGUGGGCAACUUCAUAAGGGCGCUGGUUGAACAGAUCUGUCAAGGAGGGCUUGUGCCGGGAUUUGAGGAUAAAUUGAAUGACCCUUCAGUGCAGAAACUUCUACAGCCUGGAGAAUGUGAACGAAACCCAUCCGAAGCCUUCAAGAGGUGUGUUCUUCUCCCUCUUCUGGCCUUGGAUGCUCCUCCUCAAAGUCUUCUGCUGGUGGUCGAUUCAGUUGAUGAAGGAUGCAAUAUUACAGAAGGCGAACACCGACCAUCUGGUUUAUCGGGAACCAUAGCUGAUCUUUUAGCAACACAUCAUGAGUUCUUUCCACCAUGGCUACUUCUUAUAUGUUCAGCCCGCAAACAGAGCAGAACAGUCACUAAAAUGUUUACAGGUUUUCGAAAGAUAAGUCUGGAUGAUCUCCGAAAAGCCUACAUUGUUAAAGAUGUACAGCAAUACAUUCUGCAUCGUUUAGACAAAGAAGAAGCUUUAAGGCAACAUCUAACAAAGGAAACUGCAGAAAUGUUAAAUCAACUACACAUAAAAAGCAGCGGGUGCUUUCUUUACCUGGAACGUGUUUUAGAUGGCGUUGUAGAGAAUUUUAUAAUGCUUCGUGAAAUUCGCGACAUCCCUGGAACUUUAAAUGGUUUGUACCUCUGGCUAUGUCAGCGGCUAUUUGUAAGAAAACAGUUUGCAAAGGUCCAACCUAUAUUAAAUGUGAUUCUGGCUGCCUGCAGGCCACUGACCACCACUGAACUUUUCCAUGCCGUUUGGACCAAAAAUAUGUCAUUGACCAUGGAAGACUUUCAACGGAAAUUGGAUGUUCUAUCUAAAGUACUGGUUGAUGGGUUAGGGAACACAAAAAUCCUCUUCCAUUACAGUUUUGAAGAGUGGUUGCUCGAUGUAAAGCACUGCACACAGAAAUACUUAUGUAAUGCAGCUGAGGGGCAUCGAAUGCUUGCAAUGAGCUACACGUGUCGAGCAAAAGAAUUAACACCAGUAGAGGUCCAAGAGUUUGGGUUACAUCUCAUACAUUCAACCUUGCAGUUAACAAACUCAGAAUUGGCAUUGUGGAUGAUCUGGAAUGGAACUUGUGUUAAAGACUCUUUGUGUACUGUAAUACCAAAGGAGCAAGAGGUGCUACAGUUGUUGGUCAAGGCAGGAGCACAUGUUGACAGCGAAGAUGACCGAACUUGCUGCAUUGUAAGACAGGCCUUGGAAAGAGAAGAUUCUAUCCGCACUCUUCUAGAUAAUGGAGCAUCUGUUAAUCAGUGUGACUCAAAUGGGAGAACUUUGUUGGCCAAUGCUGCUUAUAGCGGGAAUCUUGAUGUGGUCAAUUUACUUGUUUCAAGAGGGUCUGAUCUAGAAAUAGAAGAUGCCAGUGGACAAACAGCACUUACUUUAGCUGCUCGCCAAGGACAUGUAAAGGUUGUCAAUUGUUUAAUUGGGUGUGGAGCAGAUAUAAACCAUUGUGAUCAUGAUGGAUGGACAGCUCUAAGAUCUGCUGCAUGGGGUGGUCACACUGAAGUUGUUUCUGCACUUUUAUAUGCUGGAGCAAAAGUUGAUUGUGCAGAUGCAGAUAGUCGAACAGCUUUAAGAGCAGCAUCCUGGGGGGGACACGAAGAUAUUGUACUAAAUUUGCUGCAGCAUGGAGCGGAGGUUAAUAAAGCGGACAAUGAGGGUAGGACUGCUUUGAUUGCUGCAGCAUACAUGGGUCACAGAGAAAUUGUAGAGCAUCUUUUAAAUCACGGUGCAGAAGUUGAUCAUGAAGAUGUGGAUGGACGAACUGCUUUAUCUGUAGCUGCACUAUGUGUUCCUGCAAGCAAGGGUCAUGCAUCAGUGGUGAGCCUCCUGAUUGAACGGGGAGCAGAAGUGGAUCAUUGUGAUAAAGAUCUAAUGACUCCAUUACUUGUGGCUGCAUAUGAAGGACACGUAGAUGUUGUUGAUUUACUCUUAGAAGGUGGUGCAGAUGUUGAUCAUACUGACAAAAAUGGUCGUACCCCCCUUCUUGCAGCAGCCUCAAUGGGGCAUGCAUCCGUAGUUAACACUCUGCUUUUUUGGGGUGCUGCAGUAGAUAGUAUUGAUAGUGAAGGUAGAACUGUUCUUAGCAUAUCCUCUGCUCAAGGAAAUGUUGAAGUUGUGCGGACACUUCUGGAUAGAGGCCUAGAUGAAAAUCAUAGAGAUGGAGGUGGAUGGACUCCCCUGCAUAUGGCUGCCUUUGAGGGACAUAGAUUGAUAUGUGAAGCAUUGAUUGAACAAGGUGCUCGAACAAGUGAAAUUGAUAACGAUGGUCGAAUUCCUUUAAUACUGGCUGCGCAGGAAGGACAUUAUGACUGUGUGCAAAUAAUUUUGGAAAGUAAAUCUCCAGUUGAUCAAAAGGGAUAUGAUGGACAAAAUGCUUUGCGUGUUUCCUCACUAGAAGGACAUAGAGACAUAGUGGAGUUACUUAUUAGUCAUGGUGCAGACAUAAAUGCCAAAGAUGCUGAUGGAAGACCAACACUUUAUAUAUUAUCACUGGAAAAUCAGUUAACAAUGGCUGAAUAUUUUUUAGAGAAUGGUGCACAUGUAGAAGCUAGUGAUACUGAAGGAAGGACAGCCUUACACGUUUCCUGCUGGCAGGGACAUUUAGAGAUGGUCCAGUCCCUCAUUUCCUACAGAGCAGAUGUCAAUGGUUCAGACAAUGAAAAACGUUCUGCCUUACAAUCUGCUGCUUGGCAAGGUCAUGUCAAAGUUGUUCAGCUUUUAAUUGAGAACGGUGCCCUUGUUGACCAUGCAUGCAACCAAGGAGCUACUGCUCUUUGCAUUGCAGCCCAGGAAGGGCAUACUGAUGUUGUACAAGUUUUGUUAGAACAUGGUGCUGACCCUAACCACGCAGACCAAUUUGGAAGAACUGCCAUGCGUGUUGCAGCUAAAAAUGGACAUUCACAAAUAAUUAAACUGCUGGAAAAAUAUGGGGCUUCAACUUUAAAUGGAUGCAACCCUUCUCCUGUUCACACGAUGGAGCAAAAGGCCUUAAAUCCUUCAUCUACAAAAGUGCAGUCUUUAACAAUUAAAUCAAAUAGCUCAUCCAGCACUGGAGGUGGUGAUGUUCAUCCUACAAUGCGUGGCUUAUGCAAUGGUCCAUCUCAUGCUUUUAGUUCCCCUUCAGAAUCUCCAGAUUCUACUGUGGACAGACACAAGUCAUCACUAUCGAAUAAUUCUCUAAAAAGUUCUAAAAACUCUUCUCUUCGUACAACCUCUUCUACAGCAACUGCUCAAACUGUGCCUAUUGAUAGUUUUCAUUGCCUUUCCUUUACUGAACAGAUUCAACAACAUUCACUUCCACGAAGUAGAAGUAGACAGUCUAUAGUAUCGCCUUCUUCAACAACUCACUCUUUAGGACAGAAUAAUUCUCCCACAAGCGAAUUUGAAUGGAGCCAAAUCAAGCCUAGUUUAAAGUCAACAAAAACAAGUAAAGGAGGCAAGGCAGAGAUCUCAAAUAAAUCUAGUUCUGUAUCAAAGAAAACCAAGCAAAGCAGCUGUUCCCAGUCUAAGGUAUUAGAAUAUGAAAUGACUCAGUUUGACAAAAGAGUGCAUGUUCCAAGUUCUGUAACUGGUAUGAAUGUGCCACUAAAGCAAAUCCCUGAAGAUGCAUCGAAAAUUCAGAUUACCUCGAUGCAGCAGGAGGUCGGCCGUUCUCAACAGCAAUUCCUUAUUCAGCAGCAAAGUGCCGAACAGAAGAGAAGAAAUGGAAUCCUGACCAACCCCAAUUAUCACCUUCAAGGAAACCAGGUUUUCCUAGGUAGAGUUUCUGUACCACGUUCAGUACAAGGUCGAGGACAUCAAGAAGUUUUGGAUGGCUACCCUUCAACAGAAACUGAGUUAGGCCUUAAACAGUCACUGAAGCUUCAGAUUGAUGCAUCAGACCCUAGCUUUAAUUACAAAAAGGAAACACCACUAUGAAUGGUUGAAAAAGCACAAGACGAUACUAUACUAGAGAAUAGAAGACACCGACAAUUGCAAAGCUAUCACUUUUCUUUUUGUUUGUUUCUGCGAAAUCUGAAGUGAAUUGAACUUGAAAAUUGCUUUAAUGUGCCUACCUGUAGGCCACUUAACAGGAAAUAAAAUGUGCUUAAAGAUGUUUUGUGCACAAAAAUGCACUUUGUAACUGCACCUAGAACCCUUUUCCCUAUUAAAACAACUGCAGCGAUCAGCUUUUCAGAUGGAAGUGAAAUGUGAUAAAUAUGCAUGUCCUGCCAUGAGCUGAAUGACUUCCCCCCCCAUUCGUCUUGUUUCUCCUGUUUAGUAAGAAGACAUGCAGCCAAAAGAAGUCCAGUCCUGACAGCAUCUGAAAAUAUUACCUGUGCAAAGCAGGCAAGAGUUGUAAAUGGAAAAUGAAGCCUAUUUUUUCUGCAGUAUUUACCGACAGUAUGUAAUUAACAACCCGCGUCUUGCCUAGACAUGCCCUGCACAGUCAGAGCCGAGCAGUGCCCACCACCCCCCUUUUGCAGUGGAGUUGAAUGUAUUAAGCUCAACUUUCCUUCAAACCAUAUUUAUCCACCACUGACAAUUUCAGUGUUAUGUAUUUUUCUGGUGUUGAAUAAUGUUCUCGACGCUUAUUUAAAGAAACUUUGUGACCGGUUAUGUUGUCUGUGUCCCGUUAGAGGAAGGAGUACAUAUUUACCUGUUGGGCAGAUACCCGUGUAUGAGCUAAACUUGACUAUAGUUCCCUACAUAGUAACGUUGACGCGUAUUUAUUUUCCAUGCGCCGCUCAAGGGUAAGAAUAUCAUAGUGAUGACUCUGCUGAGGAAUUGCAACAUGUUAUCAAAGUUUGGAUUUUCUUGUCCCUGUGGGACAUAUACUUAAUACUUUAAAACAAGUUCUUAAAUCGUAGCAUUAAAAAUGCUAAUGGCUAAUUACAUCUUACCAGGGGAGUACAGUGGCUUUUCCUGCGCUUCCGAGUCACCUAAAAGUUACCAGUCUAUACUGAUUUUGCCUUUUGUUCACUAUUUAUUAUUUUGAAUUAAUAAAUGUCCAUGUGACAGGUUUCCCUUUAUCAGCAGAUUAUCAGCCUGUGGUUCUAGGUUUUAUAUUUUUAUUUUUGUAGCUUUUUUUUUUUUUUGAAUCGUGCACAGUUUGCCGUAUAUUAGCGACGACCAUUUUGUGCACCGAACCAAUGAUAAUGGCAGUUAAAGGAGUAUUCCGGUAGGUAAAAGUUAUCCCCUAUUCAUAGGAGAGGAAAAUAACUAUCUGAUCGGUGGGAGUCCUGCUGCAGGGGCCACUUGCAAGGCCCACUUUUACUCCCCUGAAAUGACCAGAGCGUCCGGUCGCACAUUCCCACGGCCGCUCCAUUAAUUUCUAUGGGAGUUCCGGAGAAAGCCAAGUGCUCUACCCAGUUAUCUCUGGAACUCCCUUAGAAAUGAAUGCAGUGGCCGCGCACAUGUGCGACCAGCAGUUUCGGUCAUUUCAGGGGGCCUGCAGGGGGUACGUGAUUGAUGGGGGUCCCAACAGUAGGACCCCCCACCGAUGUGAUAGUUAUUCCCUAUCCUGUGGAUAGGGGCUAACUUUUACCUACCGGAAUACCCCUUUUGAGGAUAACACUGAUAUAUUGAGGAUCCAUUUUAUGUAGUUCACGACUUUGCUGCCCCAGUUUUGUGUAGUCAGCCUGCUGUUUUGUUAGAGGCAGAAGAAAGAAAGAAAAAAAAAAGCAUUGUGCCACAUAGCAUAAUCAACCAGCACCAUUGGUCCCCGGGGAAACCUAGAGCAAUCGCCCACCUUGUGAAGUUGUGCGAAAAUGGGCACAACAACACUGUAGUGUGCAUGUAAAGGAGCAUCAGUUGGCUGCAGCUCAGCACGGUCCAGAUGCUCCUAGGGUCACUGCUGGUAGUGUGUGUGUGUGUGUGUAUAUAUAUAUAUAUAAGUGUAGCGCUGCCAGACGGUGCAGAAAGGACUAUUGUUUUGGACCUGAUGACGAUAUGGUGCCCACAUUGAACUGUGCUGCCAAUUGUAUUGUACAAAAAAAACUACAAGUCCUUUCUUCACCAGCUCGUAGCCCUGCGCUUUUUAUUAUUUCUUUUUCUAUCUGUAGUCUUACUAGGACUGCCUUUAAUAAGUAUUUAAUUUUCAGCCAAAAUUUUGAUAUACCAUAAUUGGGAGGGAUAAGUAAUUUUUUAUUUACAUUUUUUCCCCCUUUGGUCAUUAUUACCACUUAAGAACUUGUAUUAAUUGCUAAAACCACUAGAGUUUUUUUGUAAUCCUUUAAAGGGAAUGUCCAGUUUCCUGUAUUGAUGACUUAGGAGCACUGCAUUCUUUCCCCCUAAUGGGAAGGAUCAGUUAUAGUUCAAGUAAAUGAGAUGAAGGAGCUGUAAUUACACUUGCUCGCCACUGCAGUGUUGACGGUGAGCUGAUAAACAGUGAACAGAACGCUGCAUUCGCAUGAUCGCUGCGUUCUCUUUAAACAGCUGAUUGGCGGGGGAGUCAGGAGUUGGAUGCCAGCUGAUCUGAUAUUGAUGACCUAUCCUGAGGAUCAAUAAAGGAAACCAGACAACCCCUUUAAAGAUGCUUAUAUCAGCUGGAAAAACUGACUCAACUGCUCUGAAACAUUUCCAUUUAAUCCUUUGUUUCUUAUCAGCCAAUGUGCGUUAUUAGUGGUUUUGCUUUAUGAACUCAGCAGUAUUUCAUUUGUCUGUAUUAUGUUACUUUACAAAUCAUUUACUCUGCUAUGCAAAUGUAUUUUGCACCAUCCUUUAUUGGAAAAAGAAACCAUUCAUUUUACUUUUCUUUUUAUUAAUGUAAAUAUCCAAUGUAAAUUGAAUUAAACAUUGUAAAUUUCUUUUUAUUUUAUUCCUUGUAUGAUAUUCAGCAAAAGACUCCUAUGUAUAUGAAAGUGCAUAAUAAAUAUAUUUGCUUUUC